CAGUAUUGUAAAUAUAGAGAUAUAGAGAUAUUUUGUAUAUAUAAGGCUUGCAAUUGUAUAUAAUUAUGAUUGUUGUUUCAAAUUUCAGUCUUUUAAUGCGGGGAUUAAGUCUGCCUUACAGAGUAAAGAGAUAUGAGUUAAGACAUAUUAGUACACAAAUGUGUUUCAAUGCUGCCUUAGGUACUCAAAGUCAGUUUAAAUAUUGCAGUAGAAAAGGUGUAAUUCAUGAUUAUGCUUCAUGUAUAAACACAAUCAAAGGACCUGACCACCCAAAGACAAAUAAUAUUAUGUGUAACCAACAUCAUACGUCACUUGAAAGCAAUAUAUUUUUCAAAGAUAAAGGCAAAAAUGAAGAAACAAGAAAAAAGAGGAUAUGGAAGAUCCAUAUGCUCUUAGGCCUCUCACUUCUUAGUUCAAAAGAAGAAGGUAAAGAAGAGAAGGAGUCAGAACUAAUCAUUAUGAUCAAGAGAGGAAUUCUGGCAUUAAAGAAUGGUGAGCUAAAUAAAGCAGAACAGCUUCUUCAUGUAGCACUCAAGACUGCACAAGAAGGACAAAAUAGACUAGCUGUCACUUACAUAUUUGAUCUUCUAGCAAACCUAGCAUACCAAAGGGAGGAGUACACUAAAGCAGAGGCUUUGUUCAAGGAAGUAUUGCAGCGAAUGUUAGCAGAUGGAAUGUCAGAGGAUGACAAUGCUGUAGUUGAAAUAAGCCUGAAACUUGCAAGUGUUUAUGCCUCCAUAAAGGACUACGAGAAAGCUGUGGAGGGAUUUCAUUUCUGCAUUGGCACACAGGAGUCUAAGAUAAAGAAGAUUGGUGAGAAGGAUCUAGAUGAAGACACCCUCUUACUCUGGGCUAUGAGCAUGGACUGGUAUGCACGAUUCCUGCUGAGCAUUCAGAAAUAUGAAAUGGCAAAAAUACAUUUCAUUAAGGCAUAUGAGAUGAGUGAGCGUGUAAAUGGUCCAGGGCACUCACAGACUGCAGUUUUGUUAAAUGAUAUUGGGUCUGUCUGCUCUCUACAGAAGAAUUAUGCCGAAGCUGUUGAAUAUUUGGAAAAAGCUAUUGAUGCUGCAAGAAUAUCUCAGAGUGCAGACAUUGCAUCAUUUUAUGUAAAUCUUGGUGCCGUUUAUCUACAGCAGGAAAUAUUAAGCAUUGCAGAAAGAUAUUGUAAAGAGGGAUUGUUAUUAGCACGAAAAAUGAAGAACGAAGAGGCUGUGGAUGAGGCAAAUAGCUGUUUAGCAGAGAUUAAUAAUUUAAGAAAAAAAAAGUAGGUUCUUUAUAGAAAAAAUUGGGAUUAUAUAUAGUAGUCAUUUUCUUAAAAAUUAAUGAUCAUUGGAGAAAGGAGAGAUAAUCCUCAUCAAUUUAAACAAUAUUAAUCUGCAUGUAUACAGGCAUUUCCAUCUUUUUUUUCUUCCUCUCUUUUCUUCCAUCUCUCUUUUACUUGUUUUUUUCCCCUCUUUCCUUUCCUUUUCUUCCCUUUUCUUCCCUUCUCUUCCCUUCUCUCUUCCUCCCUACCUCCUGCCCUUUAGAAAAUUCAGCAUUGCUUUAUGUUACAGAUUCUGUUGCUCAUUGUUUUUUUAUUUGUAAUCUUGAUAUUUAUAUACAUGAAUCAAAAUCUUUAGAAGUGGUAAGGAAAGUGACAAUUUUAGUAUUUGUGAUAGAUAGAAGCUGUGACAUGCCAUUUACCUGGCCAUCUUGGGGAAUGGCCUAAACAAGCUUUGUAAAUAGAUUGUGUUUGUAUUAUAAUUUCAUUUUAUUUAUUUAUUUUGAUGGUGAGUGGUGGAUAUAGAAGAUUUCCAAGUUGUCCUGAUGAAUAAUAAAAGAGAAAACUGAAUGUAUCGUAGCAUAUUGUAUAUUUGUUUUUAUACACAUUUGUAAUGAAUAGCACUCUCCCAGAGGAAAUGGGGACAAGUAUAUUGAUUUAUAGAGAGUUUUUAUGCAACUAAUGCAACUCUGGAUUAUUGAAGUUAUCAGGAAUUUGAAAACACUGCAUGCUAGAUGUGCUUAUUUUACAUGACAAUACUUAUGCAAAUUUCAAAAUUACAGUUUACUUCUGUGAAGCUUCUUUCGAUGUAUACAAGUUUUUAAAUAAUCUCAUCUGAAUUAAAGUUGAUUCAUGUAAAUUAAUCCUGAUGCCCAUAAACCAAAAAUCUAUUAAAAUUUAUGUGAAAUAA